UCAUCAUCAUCCUCCUCCUCCUCCUCCUCCUCCUGAUGCUCGCAUCGCUGUGGUGGAGACAGGGCAUCCUCCCAACCCUUCGACACCCAUGACUACCGACUAGGGUCGCUCAUUACCGGACAAACAGAGGGAUAGAAGGACAGUAUUAUGGCGAAGCACCGUAAAGAAAGAGACAGCUGGGGUGAGUGGUCCCUCAGUGACAAACAUGUCUACGACUGGAGCUCAGAGGAGGAGGAACCGGACGGACGAGCCCGGCCCGUGCAGGUGCUGCUGGUCAAAGACGACCACACCUUCGAGCUGGACGAGGCGGCGCUGAGCCGCAUCCUGCUGGCGGAGGAGGUCAGAGAUCGUGAAGUGGUGGCCAUCUCUGUGGCCGGAGCUUUCCGCAAGGGCAAGUCCUUCCUCAUGGACUUCAUGCUGCGUUACAUGUACAACCACGCGUCUGAAGGCUGGCUCGGAGACGCAGACGAGCCUCUGACCGGCUUCUCCUGGAGGGGCGGCUCAGAGAGGGAGACCACUGGGAUCCAGAUCUGGAGCGAGGUCUUCCUCGUGGACAAACCAGACGGAAGAAAGGUGGCUGUAUUGUUAAUGGACACACAGGGAACGUUUGACAGCCAGUCGACGUUGAGAGAUUCAGCCACAGUGUUUGCUCUGAGCACCAUGAUCAGCUCCAUGCAGGUUUACAACAUCUCACAGAAUGUACAAGAGGACGACCUUCAGCACUUGCAGCUCUUCACUGAGUACGGCCGACUAGCGAUGGAGGAGACUUUCCUCAAACCGUUCCAGUCCAUGAUCUUCCUCGUCCGAGACUGGAGCUUUCCAUAUGAGUUUCCCUACGGGCAGGAGGGAGGCAUGAAGUUCCUCGAGAAGAGACUGAAGAUCUCAGAGAACCAGCAUGAGGAGCUGCAGAACGUGCGUAAACACAUCCACUCCUGCUUCACCAACAUCUCCUGCUUCCUGAUGCCUCACCCCGGCCUCAAAGUGGCCACCAACCCACACUUUGAUGGACGAAUUAUAGAGAUCGACGGCGAGUUCAUAAACAACCUGAAGAUUCUGGUCCCGUGGCUUCUCAGCCCUCGUAACAUCGACGUGAAGGAGAUCAACGGCAGCCAUAUCACCUGCAGAGGCCUGCUGGAGUACUUCAAGGCAUACAUCAAAAUUUACCAAGGUGAGGAGCUGCCACAUCCGAAGUCCAUGCUGCAGGCCACAGCAGAGGCGAAUAAUCUGGCAGCAGUCGCAGCCGCAAAGGAUCUGUACAACAAGAAGAUGGAGGAGGUCUGUGGCGGUGACCGGCCCUUCCUGGCCCCCAGCGAGCUGCAGGCCCGACACAGCGUCAUCAGAGAGGAGGCCCUGCAGGUGUUUCGGGGCGUGAAGAAGAUGGGAGGCGAGGAGUUCAGCCGCCGCUACCUGCAGCAGCUGGAGGGAGAAGUCGACGAGGUGUUUGUCCAGUACAUCAAGCACAAUGACUCCAAGAACAUUUUCCACGCGGCCCGGACGCCGGCCACCCUGUUCGUGGUCAUCUUUGUCAUGUAUGUGGCUGCGGGCAUCACAGGCUUUGUGGGCGUGGACGUCAUUGCCAGCUUGUGUAACAUGAUCCUGGGUCUGGCAUUGAUCACUCUCUGCACCUGGGCCUACAUCCGGUACUCCGGGGAAUACCGGGAACUCGGCGCCGUCAUCGACCAGGUGGCUGGUGCACUGUGGGACCAGGGGAGCACAAAUGAGGCUCUCUACAAGCUGUACAAUGUAGCAGCCAAUCACAGGCACCUGUACCACCACGCCUUCCCCGGCGGGCCUCAGGUGGAGGAGGUCGCGGAGGAGCAGGACAAGAAGAGGGACUGAUUAGAUGAGACAGCAGGGACUUCCUGUUGAUGGACAGGAGGAGGAGGAGGAGGAGGAGGGACAUCCUCACCCAUCAGGCACUCUUUUAUUCUGUUAUUGGCUGGUGCUGCCCACCAAUACAUCCUCUACUUUAAACCUAAUAACGGACUGUAUAAUGUUCAUGUAUAGGCAGUGUCAGAGCAUCUGUUUUCAAGCGAUGGAUGUCAUUUAUCAUCGUCUCACUUUUCUGUCUGUGAUCAAACAUCACCUGUACAGAUACUGCAGGUUCUCCUAGAGGAGACCUUCGGCAUAUCCAACCUCCACUCAGUUUGCUGAUUUCACAUCAGACGGGUUCGCUUUUUCUCCAUCGUUUUUCCACCGACGAUAAUUUUUCAAAGUAUAGCCAAAUCUGUGAAACCCCCAUUUGUGACGAUUGUUCCGUUCUUUGAAGUUUAGUGCUGUUUAUAAGAAACAAUAUCUAUGAUCUGCGAUGUUUGAAAGCCAAAAUAUGUACUGUAUGUUAAAUAAUGAAGCGUUACAAGCAUCAUCAGCAUGGUUAAGUGGUUAAUGUCUGUCAUCUUUAAGCUCUAAGACCAGGUAUACUUUAUCAAGUUUUAAAUGGUUGUGACAAAGUGGUAUUGUGCCAUAACAUGUAAAAAAAAAAAAAAAAAUGAUUUCACAUCUACUGGCUACAUGCAGACACUCGAUGGCACAUUUAUUAUACAGUUUGUUGAUUUCUGCAUCAGGGAGUUGCUUUGUGCUGGCAUUUACUUUCACAGACAGACAGAAUAGUUCAAAGUUUACACAACAUAGCUGACAUUUAUCUCUCACUUUGUAGUCUGCUUUGCAGUUUUGUAAUUACGCAGUGAUCCUCUAUAUAUAUGUGCGUUUGGUCUUUUGAGGUUGAGGGGAAAGAGCGUUUUCAUUGUGAUGUAGAGGUGGUGGGCGAAACCAUUGUUGUGUUUCUCCCUGAAUGUUCGAGCAAAUCCGAGGAAUGUAGCUAUUCUGUGGCCACUGAGGAAUCAAAGCUAGUUGUUAUUAGGCGUGGCGACAGGCCUCGCUUUGUGAAAAAAAAAAAAAAGGAUCCUCAUUCCACAUCUCUUUCAUCAUCUUCACACACUUAAGUUGAAUCAUCUGUGAAAAAACUGUUGCACAGUGAAAGAAGCCAGGCCCCGAUUUUUCUUUUUUGUUCCAAAACAGCUUUGUAAACAAACGGCUUGUAUCGGUGACGGCACUUUUUUGGUGUUUUUGGCUUCGUAGACUGUUACCGUACAUUUGUAUAACUGUUGUUAUUGUUUUUAGCUCAUUGAAUAACCCAGAAUCAUUCUGUAAAAGCAUCACAUUCAGCUGCAGCAUUCAGAUGGUUUUUUUUCCUGUCUGCUCACCAACAGUACAGGAACACUGUCAUGCAUAUUUAGCAAGUUUAUACUGAGGUUUGACCUCAAGGGUUGGAAAUUUAAAGGCACUGCAGCAGAAGUGGCUUCUUGAGUCUUCCACAAUGUAUAAUCAACAUCAGUGAGGCCUUCACACACACACACAAAGAACCGACUAAAUCCAGUUUAAGGUUUUGAAAUCCCUUUUCUUUAUGGCCGCGUUGUUCAUUCAUGAGUCAGAAAAGUAGCAUUUGUUUACAUUCUGCUGCAUUUACACAUUGAAGGUUUUAUCUGUUUAAAAAAAGAAGAGAAAAUGUAUCAUAACAUAUUAUUCUUGGAUUUAACAAUUCAUUCCUGAAGACGCCCCCGUGGACACUUAAAUCAUCUCCGGAUAUCGUGGGAGCCUCAGUGUCCUGAAAGGUCAAACGAACAAAGUCAACACUGCUAAGUUUCCGCACACACGCAUUGCAAAGUUUCAGUUACAAGGAAAUAACUAAUAAAGUUGGACCAAAUUAAUGAAAA